GAUUCAAUGACAUUGUGUAGAUCCGCAAAUAAAAUUAAAAAUUUAUUCAUUUCUGCAAUCAUUUAAAAAUGAUGGAUGUGUAUAGUAUAUUGUUCAUCUACCUUCUUUACCUUCCUGUAAAUCAUGGCGGAACAGAAGGGGUCUGCAGUCGACUUGAAAGUGCCUCUACUAACGGUCGUUCAUUUUAUUUCAAAAAGACCUUUUGUUGUGAUAACUAUGAAAUGAAAGGAACUGAAAUAUGUCAAGCGUGUAAAAUUGGAUUCACAUCAAAAGCAGGGUUGUGGUGCACGCCAUGUAUAGGGGAAGCAUACGGAUUGAAAUGUGCUGAAAAAUGUGAAUGCAAUCAGGAUGAAAGGUGUGAUCGAUUCCGUGGAUGUGUUUCAUCAUCGAAUAGCACUGGUAGCACAUAUGGUACUAAACAUGUUUACAUGUAUUAUGUUACUGAGAUGGGUUUUAGUAAAAUAAGAGGAAAACAUCUAGGAGUUGUCAAAGACUAUACAACAAUGAAGACCAAACAGAUUACAGUUGAAACUCAAACACAGCACGGUAUCAAUGAAGAUCAUAAGAUUCAAGGUACAUUUAUCUAA